AUGCCAUCAACGGAACAACUCGUCAAAAUCUUCGCAAAGUUGACAAAAGCGCCAAAUGUUACCCAAGGCCCUCUCCUCCUAAAGGUACUCUGGACCCUUCUCGCCUUCUCCAUCAUCAUCGUCGCCCUCCGUAUCUGGACAAAACUCCAACGCGCCCACCGCCUCUACUACGAUGAUGUCCUCAUGGUCGCGGCACUGCUUGUGGGAAUCGUCCACGCCGUCAUGGUCACCGUGGCGAUCUCCAAGGGCUUCGGUCGGCAUAUAAUCCACCUGUCCAUUCCGCAAAUCGAAGGAACGAUGAAGUACGGCGCGCUGUCGUUGAUGUUUGGCUGGCUAUCCCCUAUGCUCGGACGGGUAGCUUUCUGUUGUACCAUCUUUUACCUCACCAAGACGGACUCUCGCGUUUGGAUCUGGCCGAUCUGGGUCUUCAUCGUAAUGCAGGUGGCCGUGAAUGUAGUGGGGGUUGUGGUGUUCUAUGUCCAGUGUGGGACGGAGUUGGAUAUUUUCUGGCACGUGCAGAAGCAACUCAACUACGAGAAGUUCUGCUGGGAUCCAAGGAUUCAAACGGAUUAUCAGUAUCUGAUGGGGGCCGUCAAUACGGUUACAGACUGCUUCCUAGCUGUCAUCCCGGCUAUCUUGAUCGAAAAUACCAAGCUAUCGAGGAAAGCUAAGACGACGUUGUGGUUCUUACUUUGCCUGAGUACCCUGGCAAUGAUCUCCUCCAUAGUCAAAACCUACGAGGCCAAAAUGCUCAGCGAAGUAACCGACUACACCUAUAACCUCUGCUCUUAUGUGAUAUGGGUCUCUGUCGAAAUCAACAUCGUCAUCAUCACCGCCUCCAUCCCAUUCCUCCGACCCUUGUUCAAGCGACCCCGCCUCCCGGUGUCCCGCCCUGGGACUCGCAACCGCCUUGAUGCUGCGCCGCCCUCUUGGAGGUCGCAUAUUCAGUUAGGAAGUGCGCUCAGUACGAAGAACAGUUCGAGGAUCAAGGUCCAUGAACAUUCAACGCAGAGCGCGAGUGUGUCGAGUCUUGAUGCGAUUUUUGGGACGACUACGACCGAGGAGAUCGAGGGCAUCACGGUUACGAGGGAGGUGCAAGUUAGUUACGAGAAGCUUGAUGCGCCGUCUGUGCAUGCGGCGCUAGUCGGGCUUGUGCAGGGAGAAAUGGCAAAUCCUGGGUUGGCGAGGAGGUAG